UAGAUUUUUUACCAAAUACUUUUUUAUUCUUACUAGAGUAAUUUCUGGGUAACUUGUUACUUUUACUUGAGUACAAAUAUAUCGAAGUAGUACUACACUUACGUAAUAUUUUGGUACUCUGCCCACCUCUGCCCUCAUGUUGGCAGCGCGAGCGACUCAAGUGCGCCCGCACGUCAGUUUUGGUGAGAAACUUUGAGGAAAACAGAAGUGGAGGACAAACGUCCCUCAGGUCGUUUAGCUCUCUGCCGAGGAAUGCUUUCUUUAGUCAUUUUCAAAGCGUGAAAUUCUUCCCACUAGCAAAAUUUAGAGCUUGUUUAUCCCGAAGAAGAAGAAGCUGAGAUGGAGAAAGAGGGAGGGGGGAUAAAAACAAUUAGCCUGCCCUAACUGAGUCAGGGUUUGAUCAAGAAACGGUUUUCCUUCCUUUUUUGUGUGAUGGGAAACUUUAGAAAUCAGCGCUCUUCAAACAAAGGCGCUUGUGCAGCGAGGCAACAGCUGGGCGGAUCAAUGCGACCACGUGCCAUCCACCACGUGUGCAGCCACUUUUACCCCCCUGUCGUCUUUUUAUGGUGGGCGGGGGGUACAGACCGAGGGAACGGGGGGGAAUUUUAUCCCAAAUAUCCCGGAAAGUUGAACUGAACCUGAUUUUAAAUCCCCAUUCAACCUCUGAACUAUGUAGCAGGAAUUCAUACUGCAGAGUGAAGAUGUAAACAGUGGGAGUCAUUAAGCAGACGGGUGGUGUUUUUAUAAUAUUUACUGAUUCUGUAACGGAAUUUUAAUCUGUUUAUAUUGAACAGCGUCUUCUAGUUAACUUAAAAUAUAAAUAUACACUGAAAGUAGAGAUUUAAUGAGUGAUUUUUAGAUAGAAACUGCACGUUGACGCCUAUUUUUUACGCAGAUGUCUAUUUAUUUAACGAGUAAAUCUGUUUAUUUCUUUUUUUUACCUUUGGAGGAUUUUACAAUAGUAAACAUCUUGAAGCUGGUUUGGACUUCUUUUCAGUCCAGACUGCUCAGUGGGAGGUAAGGGUCGGGCAAGAAGAGCAGGAGGAGGAGGGGCCCAUUUGCAUGUUAUUACCAUAGCAUGUGUCAGUGCCGUAUAAAACAGGCUGCAGGCGGCCUCGGCCGGAGACAGACGCGCAGUUCACCGUGACAAAACACACUGGGAGGGAGGCUGAGGGAAGCAUGGACCAGUAACUAUCAUCACCAUUACGCACUGGAUUUACGCAUUAUAUCGGACCAGAGGAGUUUUGGUUUCCUUUUCUUUUUUUAAAAUCUGCGCUAUAAACUCCCACAAGUUCAGUUUGUUUUUCCUUCAAGUUCGGUUUUGGGAUUUAUCCUCUUUGGUUCCUCGGGAGAUGAAUCCCAGCAGCGGGGCGAGCAGCGACAGCGGUUGACUGAGACAACACAAACGAGCUCAAUGCAUCUUCCUCAAGGGGACUGAACAGGGAGCCAACAAGUCCCCAUACGUUUUACUUUAUUUAUUCCUUAUUUAUUAUGUAUUUAUUAAACAUGGGACGCGUUAUUCUGCUGACUCUCACCGUCAUGUUCAUGUUGUUGUGCCAGGGGUUCUGUUCGGGAGUUUUUGAGCUGAAGCUGCAGGAGUUUCUAAACAAGAAGGGGGCUCAGGGGAACAAGAACUGCUGCAAAGGAGGCCUGACCUCCUCCUUCCAGCAGCAGUGCGAAUGUAAGACUUUCUUCAGGAUCUGCCUCAAGCACUACCAGCCCAACGCCACGCCGGAGCCGCCGUGCACGUACGGCGGCGCCGUGACGCCCGUCCUGGGCUCCAACUCCUUCCAGGUCCCCGACGUCAUCCCGGAGAGCGCGUUCACCAACCCGGUCAGGAUAAACUUCGGCUUCACGUGGCCGGGGACCUUCUCCCUGAUCAUCGAAGCGUUACACACCGACUCCAAAGACGACCUCUCCACAGAGAAUCCAGAGCGCGUCAUCAGCACAAUGACCACCCAGAGGCAUCUGACGGUGGGAGAUGACUGGUCCCAGGACCUGCACACCGCAGGCCGGACCGAGCUAAAGUACUCGUACCGCUUUGUGUGCGACGAGCACUACUACGGGGACGGCUGCUCGGUGUUCUGCCGGCCCAGAGACGACGCGUUUGGGCACUUUACCUGCGGAGAACGGGGGGAGAUCGUGUGUGACGCCGGCUGGAAGGGCCAAUACUGCACGGAGCCAAUUUGUCUGCCGGGAUGCGACGAGGAGCACGGCUUCUGCGAGAAACCUGGCGAGUGCAAGUGCAGAGUGGGAUUCAAGGGGCGCUACUGCGACGAGUGCAUUCGCUACCCGGGCUGCCUCCACGGGACCUGCCAGCAGCCCUGGCAGUGCAACUGUCAGGAGGGCUGGGGCGGGCUUUUCUGUAACCAAGAUCUGAACUACUGCACUCAUCACAAGCCGUGCAUGAAUGGAGCCACAUGCAGCAACACCGGCCAGGGCAGCUACACCUGUUCCUGCAGGCCCGGCUUCACUGGGGCCAGCUGUGAGAUCAAGGUCAACGAAUGUGCUGGAAACCCCUGCCGCAACGGGGGAAGCUGCACUGAUUCAGAAAACACAUAUAAGUGCAGUUGCCCUCAUGGUUUCUAUGGCAACAACUGCGAGUUAAGUGCCAUGACGUGUGCGGAUGGGCCUUGCUCCAACGGAGGCCGCUGCGCCGACAACCCUGAUGGAGGCUAUUUCUGCCAGUGCCCCACUGGAUACGCAGGAUUCAACUGUGAGAAAAAGAUUGACCACUGCACCUCCAGUCCCUGCUCCAACGGCGCCCGCUGUGUGGAUCUAGUCAACUCUUACCUGUGCCAAUGCCCAGAGGGUUUUGCUGGUAUGAACUGCGACCAGACAGGUGAUGUUUGCUCUGCCUAUCCUUGUCAAAAUGGCGGGACGUGCCAGGAGGGCCCCACCGGCUACACCUGCACCUGCCCACCCGGAUACACCGGCCGCAACUGCAGCUCCCCCAUCAGUCGCUGUGAGCACAACCCCUGCCACAACGGUGCCACCUGCCACGAGAGAAACAACCGCUACGUCUGCGCGUGUGUGCCCGGCUACGGAGGCAGGAACUGCCAGUUCCUGCUUCCGGAGCACGCCGCGAUCCGAGGGUCCGAAGUCCCCUGGAUGGCCAUCGGCUCCGGCGUGGCUAUGGUGCUCCUGCUGCUGGCCGGCUGCGCCGUGCUGGUUGGGUUUUUCCGAUCGAAAGCUCAGCAUAGCGUACAGGCGGAGACGGGGGGCGAAGGAGAGACAAUAAAUAACCUCACCAACAACUGUCACCGCGGUGACAGGGACCUUGCUAUCAGCGUGAUGCCGAUGCCAGGCGUCAAAAACAUCAAUAAAAAGAUGGACUUCGGCAGCGGCGACGCGGAUGAAGAUUCUUCGCCAGGAAGGAGCAGCUGCAAAAGCCGACAUCCACCUUCAGACUACAACCUGGUGCGGGAGGUGAACUACGAGCAGGCGGCCAAGGAGGCCAUGCUGGAGGCGGCCUGCGAGGACAAGUAUCAAUCCUUGGACUCGCUGGAGUUUGAAGAGAAACACAGCAAACGUUUAAAAUGCGAUGCAUCAGAAAAGAGAGCCCCAGAACUGUCUGCAUGUGCGGACACCAAGUACAAAUCUGUGUUUGUGAUGUCAGAGGAGAAAGACGAAUGUAUAAUUGCAACUGAGGUGUAAGACGCUACCAAUGGGCUGCCGGUUGCUCAUUUGCUCUAUGGGAGAGUUUUUAUGCUCCUUCAGAUGCUGCUCUAACCCUAGGGGGCGACGUCCCGCCUUGAGACUGCUGCUGAUACAGAGACGUUUAACUGAUAUUCAGAGUGAGCUGGUUCUCUACUGGUAACUAAGUGUAGGCAGCGGCGGCCUGUGGGAUAAGAACUGGCACGGUACAAAAUUUAAAAAAG